AUGACCGAAAAACGAUCCGUUGGAAGCGGAAGCCAAAGUCCAGACCCUGAGCGUCGCCAAUCUCAAGCCCAGAUACCCUCGUCGCGAUGGGCAUCUUUAUUUGGUGGAGCAGGCGUCACAGUUGGUCCUCGCAUCGCUCAACUCCCCGAAUUUGUUAGGCGUGACAUUUCCGACUCGGAAGACUCCAGCUCUGCCAUUCUCAACAAACAGCUACAAGCUGAGCAGGGAGAGCAGAUCCAGUACCGCACUUGCUCAUGGCAAAAAACUGCUGGUUUGCUCUUCAGUGAGUAUAUUUGCCUUGCCAUCAUGAGUUUCCCAUGGUCGUAUAGUGUGCUUGGAUUGGUGCCUGGUAUUAUCCUUACCAUCGUCAUUGCUCUCAUCGUUCUUUACACCAGUCUCGUCCUUUGGGAGUUUUGCUUGCGUCACCCAGAAAUGCGAGAUGUUUGUGAUAUUGGCCAGAUGUUGUUUUGGGACAAGAAGUGGGCGUGGUGGGCAACUGCUGUGUGCUUCAUCCUGAACAACACCUUUAUUCAGGGUCUUCAUGUGUUGAUUGGAGCCAAAUAUCUCAACACCAUGACCGAGUCGGAUGACAUCGGUCACUGCCGAACUGUCAUGUUUUCAGCUGUUGUUGCCAUCAUCAGCUGGGUGUGCUCACUUCCUAGGACUUUCGACAUGAUGGCCAAGCUUGGCACAGCCUCGGCCUUUUUCACCUUCAUUUCCGUCUUGCUUGCUGCCAUCUUUGCCGGCAUUCAGGCUCACCCCUUUGGAUACGAUCCUGCAAAGCUGGGCGAGCCCAUCGUUACCGCCAUUCCGGUCAAGGGAACAACAUUCGUCAACGGAAUGUCCGCCUUUCUCAACAUCAGCUACACCUUUAUAGGCCAGAUCACCCUGCCAAGUUUCAUCGCCGAAAUGCGAGAUCCCAGGGACUUCCCCAAGGCUCUUUGGGCGUGCACAAUUGCUGAAAUCAUUGUCUUCAGUCUUGUUGGAGCCAUCGUAUACAACUACACAGGCAAUCAAUACGUGACGGCACCAGCCUUUGGAUCGCUUGACGACCUGUACAAGAAGGUUGCGUUCUCGUUCAUGAUCCCGACCAUCAUCUUUCUGGGUUGUCUGUACGCUUCAGUUUCGGCUCGUUUCGUCUUCUUCCGCCUUUUCCGCAACUCCAAGCAUUUGAACAGCCACACUAUUGUUGGUUGGGGAUCGUGGAGCGGAAUUCUUCUCGUGACUUGGGUGUUUGCUUUCAUCAUUGCCAUGAUCAUCCCAUUUUUCAACUCUCUUCUUUCCGUCAUGUCGUCUCUUUUCGAUAGUUGGUUCGGCUUCAUCUUCUGGGGCGUGGCCUACUUCCGAAUGCGCACCGCCGACAAGGAGAUCGGACGACACCAUAGUAAGGUGACUGAUCUUGCCGGCAACAUCCUGAACCUAGUUUUGAUUGCGAUUGGUAUCGUUUUCCUUACAGUUGGCACGUACGCCAGUGUGCAAGGUAUUAUCGAUCAGUACGCGGCUGGUACAGUUUCUGGUGUCUUUUCUUGUGCAUCAAACGGUCUUUAA